CUCUCUAGCUCUCUCCCGCUUAUAUUGUUUCUUCUCAUUCCUGAAUAUCAGAAUUUUGCCCUUACCUUGAGAUCCAGCUCAAAGGCUAAAUCCUUCAUGAUCCCUUACCUGGUUAUCCUAAAGUAAUCUUUAUCUCUUGUACUUCAGUAAUAUUUUUUAUAUUGUGACUCAGAUCAUAGCUACUAUCAUAUUUCUAACUCUUAAAGGGAAGAGUGAGAACACUAACGUUUACAGAAAAUGUACAAGAAGUCCAGCUUAUUCUUCACAAAAAGUAAAUCACAUUGUCUUGCUCUUAAUUUGCAGGUAAGCACAGUUCAAAACGUCCCUCAUAAUUAAUAUCAGGGCUAGAAUUCAAGCUCAUCUUUCAUUACUAAAAGCUAACUCCUUUCCCAGUGCUUGCCACUCCACCACAAAGGGUCCUUUAUCUAUCACCCACUACGUGGUAGACAGAGGUUUAUGCUAAGUUUGGGAGCGGGGGGAGACAGAAGUUAAUAAAUCGAACACAAUUCUUGUCUCCACAGUAUCUGAUCUGGCUUACAGAGCUCUCCGUUGACUGAAAGUUAAGUCCAACAACUUGUGUUCACCUUCUUUUGAAUAAAAACCAUCAACUCAUAUGAGUUCUUAGUUUUCUUCUAAUCUCCAACAUGUUAGGAGGAAGUGGUCAUGUUCUAGUUUUGCAAUCCCAAAGCAGGGGAAACCUAACUUCUUACGUGCCUGGCACGUUAACACUUUGUCGAAUAUACGUAAAGGUCAUACGUUCUACUCCAGUUUUCGUUACCCCUUGAGAGUUAAAGAUCAAACAAGGCAAAAUCAUAGUCCCAAAGGAGAGGAACUUUUAAACGACCGCAUAACAAGGUUCAGGAUCCCUAACUGACCGCAGCUCAUUAUGGCAGAAUAUGGAAUUCUGGAAGGGAUUCACUGGAAUUCAUCACUGGAAGGGAUAUACUCGAGAGCGAGAAACAACUUUAGGGAAAAAAUACUAUCCUCCAACGACAACAAAAAAUGGAGUAACUGGAAAACCAAACACUGUAACUGAGUUCCCGUAAGUCGCUUCCUGUGAGCCAGGUAAGAGCUCAGAAGUCCGCCUUGUUGCUCAGCCCGCAACCUCCAAGACUGCGGCCGCGUGCACGAGAGUUAAAUGUAAACGCAGUAGCGGGUCCCGCCGGGAGACAUGGGACCGAGCUCCCGAAACACCCCUGCAACUCGGAAACCCGCAGAGCCAUCAUGUGGUGUUUCGUAACCCCGCGGGAGCGGAUGUUGGCACCUGGAGCAUCCCUCGGGGCCGAAGGCGCCGUGGACCAUGCCCCUCCUAACCCAGCAGAUCCCAGAUGAGAACGAUUACAGCUUAGUGGCCAGCCUUGACAACGUCAGGAAUCUCUCCACUAUCUUGAAGGCCAUUCAUUUCCGAGAACAUGCCACAUGUUUCGCUACUAAAAAUGGAAUCAAGGUUACCGUGGAAAACGCCAAGUGUGUGCAAGCAAAUGCUUUUAUUCAGGCUGGAAUAUUUCAAGAGUUUAGAGUUCAAGAAGAGUCUGUUACUUUUCGAAUUAAUUUAACCAUCCUUUUAGACUGUUUAUCUAUUUUUGGAUCAAGCCCUAUGCCAGGGACUUCAACUGCACUUAGGAUGUGUUACCAACGUUAUGGUUACCCUUUGAUGCUAUUUCUGGAAGAAGGAGGAGCGGUGACAGUCUGUAAAAUCAAUACUCAGGAGCCCGAGGAGACUCUGGAUUUUGAUUUCUGCAGCACCAAUGUCAUUAAUAAAAUUAUUCUGCAGUCAGAGGGACUCCGUGAAGCAUUUUCCGAAUUGGAUAUGACAAGUGAGGUCCUACAGAUCACCAUGUCUCCAGAUAAACCUUAUUUCAGGUUAUCUACUUUUGGGAAUGCAGGAAGCUCCCACCUUGACUAUCCCAAAGAUUCUGAUUUGGUGGAAUCAUUUCAAUGUAAUCAGACCCAGGUCAACAGAUACAAGGUUUCUUUACUGAAACCCUCUACAAAGGCAUUAGUCCUAUCGUGUAAGGUAUCUAUUCGAACAGAUAACCGAGGAUUCCUCUCAUUACAGUAUAUGAUUAGAAAUGAAGAUGGACAAAUAUGUUUUGUGGAAUAUUACUGCUGUCCUGAUGAAGAAGUUCCUGAAUCUUAGUCUUAAGUAUGGCAAUCCACUGUGCUAUUUAUGUACACAUUCAUGAUUGGUCAUGUUCUCAUUCAGAGUAUAGCACUCUUCGUGAUUUCUUAUUGGAUUUUCUAAGGGGAAGAAGCAUGGAAGAGAUAGGAGCUAAGUCCCUGCCCCCUAAUAGUUGCU